AUGAAUGGAACACGAAAAAGUUUGAGAGAAGUACCUCUUGAAGAAAUAAAAUAUAAUUUUGAAAAAAAGAAUUAUAACGAUGUAAUUAUUUUAACUACUAAUAUUUUUAAUAAUGAAGACUGCGAUGAAUAUGCUUUAAAGACCAGAUUUUAUUGCCUUAUGGAAAGAAAAAACUUUACUAGAGUAAUACAUGAAAUAACAUAUUGUUUAAUAAGAAAUAAGGAUAAAGAGAAAACUUUUAAAAAUAUAUUUCAAGAAAAUUACACAAUAAUAAGAGAUAAAAACGUUUUAUUUGAAUUGUUUUAUUCUUUAUAUAAAUUAGGAAAAUAUAAAAAAUUGAAUGGAUGCUUAAAAUUCCUUUUAGAAAAUGAAAAUAAGUAUGAUGAUUUUAUUAAUGUUUUAUUAGCUCAAGUAAAUUUUAAAUUACGUAAUUUUGAGGCAUGUAUUAAUUCAUAUGAAUUAUUACUGAAUGACAAGGGAAAGCAAGCAGUUGCAACAACUAAUUUAUAUAGUAGCUAUAUUUCUGAAUAUAUGCAAUUAACAUAUGAAUACAAUUUUUUAAGAACUAAAGAUAAAUUAUCAAGAGUUGUUGAAUACACAGAUAUAGAAAACUUAAGAGAAAAAAUUAAAAAAAUUACAAAAAAUUUUAAAUAUGACGAAAAUGACAAUUUUGAGCUCCCUUUUAAUUACGCUUUAUUUUUUACUAUAGAAAAAAAAUAUUCAGAAUCAAUAAAAUUUCUUGAUUUAUUAGAAAAUUUCUGCAAAAGUAUAUUAAUAGAAGAUACGAAUAAUUCGAAAAUUUUAAGUUCAUCGCAUAUUGCAGAAAUAAAUUCUAGACGUAUAUUUGUUCAAUUAGCAAGGGCAUAUAUAUAUUCGAAAACAAAUAAAAUUAAGGAAUCCAUUAUUAUAUACGAAAAUAUUUUGAACAAUUAUGACGAAAAUAUUAAUAAUAUUGUAGUUUUAUUAGCUUAUAAUAACUACUUAGCGAUAAUGCAUAAUGAAAUAAAUAAAAACACUGAUAAAAAAUCAAAUAGUGAGCUUAUUUUUAAUAUUAAUUAUGAUAAAUUAAAUCAGAUAAAAUCCUUUAUUUUUAUGAAUAAAGACAUACAUAAUAAUAUUAAUGAAGUAAUUAACAGUAUAAUAAGUUUUAAUGAAUGCUUAUUGUAUUUAAGUCCUGAUCAAAAAGAUGAUUUUAAAAUAAAAUUAAGUAAUUUUUCUAUGAGAUUCAACAAUUCAAUUUUAUUAGACAAACUAAAUAUAAUAGCAUUAAAAAAUGAAAGUUAUAUGAAAUGUAAAUGUUAUAUACUUAACAAUAUUGAUAGCAUGCAAUCUCCAGAAAAUAAAAUAAGAUUUAUUAAUGCAUAUGUAUCUCUUUGCUAUGAAAAAAGAAGUUACAAAGAAAUAUUAAAAAUAUAUUUUAAGUAUGAGGAUAUUUUUCAAAAUAGUGUAAAAGAUUAUAGUAUUUUUUUUUCAAAUAUGUUUUAUAUAUAUAUAUGUAUAAAAUAUAAAGAAAAUUUUAAACUAUCAAAUAGUAGUAAAAACAUUAAUACUUUAAAUUUAGUAAUUGAUUUAUUUCACAAAUAUAAAGAAAAUAUAAAAAAAAAUAUAAAUAUAGUUAACUAUGAAACAUUAUUUUUAGUUAGUAAAUAUUUAAUACAUCAUAAAAAAUCAGAAUUGUUAAUUGAUAUUUUUGAUUAUUUAUCUAAUGAAGUUAAAAAUGACUUUAAUUUUAUUUCAUGUUUCACAUAUAUUUCUACAUAUAUCAAUUUAAACAAUGCAUAUAAAUAUGAAGAUAAAUUAAAAAAAACUGUUUUAAGUGAGACAUACCUAAUUGAUGUAGAUGAAUUAGAAAAUAAAAGUUUUACAUUUGAUUUAACUAUUAAUAAUGAAAUAAAUUCAUUAUCUGCUGAAAAAAAUAAAAAAAAACGUAAACGAAAAAAGAAAAAGAAUACAGAUGCAAACUAUAAUUAUGAUCAUGACAAAUGGCUACCAAAACAUGAAAAACCAGGAUAUAAAAAAUUUAAAAAAAAAAAAAAAAAAAAUGAAACAACUCAUACAAAAAUUGUAAUUGUAGAAGAAAACAAAAAUCAGAUUAACCAAUCUAAAUUGCAGAAAUUGAAAAAAAGGAGAAAGAAAUAG